AUUAACACUUGAUUUGGGUCUGUUAUCUUCCUGAACUACCUUAAAAAAAAGUCUCACCAAAAGCAUUGGCUCAAAAUAAGAAAGUUAUAGAGUUGUGCUACCUUAAAAAUAUGACCAAACACAAUCAAAAUUAGAGAGUCAUCCAUGCUACUCAUAGUUUACACACAGAAAAGAUGGUCCCGCUAUCAACUAGGUCACAGAGUAAAUAUGACAAAUUCUGAAUACCUAGCAGCAGAACAAGCAAUGCAGAAAGACUGUUGAAAUAUAUAUAUAUACACCCAGACAGGUGAAAGAGUUAAAAUCUGUGUACCUUUACUUAAAACUUCAGGCAAACUGCAACACUCUGUAGUUUUAAGAGGAAAGUUUGCUGCUUAAUCAAUCUAGGAAGGUCUGAAGCAAUUUCAAUUAGCACCCUUUUCAACAACUUUGAUCUUUAACCCAGUUGGCUACUGUAUUCAGGUGCAUUCCUGUUAAAUGUCUAGUAAGUCAAAACUCUAGCCAUUAUUAAAAGAAAGUCCUAAAAUAGCAUCAUUUUAAUAGUCUCUUCAUAUUUUUAGAAACAGUAAAAGGUAAGUUGUAGAGUGACUAUGAUUCAAAAAAUGUUGUGGACAAACUGACCAAGAGGGCUGUAGCAGUGAUUUCUGUAGACUGAUGGCCAAUUGUGUUUAAAAUAUCCUGAAGCAGAGAAAUUGUUGUUCAACAGGAUUACAGAAACUACAGAGAUUGUUACUGAAAUCAUGCCAUUUGGAAACCCAUCAGCACUCAUCUGCCACUGACCUUGGAGUUUACCUCUACACCCAGAGCCUGCUGGGAAGAAUGCAAGUGAAUUCACAAGUUACAAAAGCUUGCCUUUAACAUUUCACUAUUUGGUUACUUUUUUCCCCAAUUUCUGGACGCUACCACAGUUACAUAACUCUUGCAAGCAGUGCAAAUAGUUCCAAAACAGCACCCAUCUUACAGCAUGCAGAUUUCAUGGCACCUUACUAUUCCUAGAGCUUGAAAACCAGUAGGUUUGUUUUGCAGUGAGCUAUGCCCAGCCCUCAAGAUAGGACAUUAGUAUGUUCAUACUAAUUUCAUACUAAGUUGUGGUGUAGUCAUUAAAAAAACAGAACAAAACACACAAACCAAAAAAACCUUCUCUGCGUGUAGUCAUCCACUUGAAGACAGGAUAAAGUUAGUAAGAGAGUGCGUGUGCAUAUGCCAAAGCAAAGAUCAGAAAGACCAAGUUUAAUUUCAAGAAGUAACUUCCCUAAAAUGAAGCAGAUUUCUGGUGGGGGCUGACUUGCAGUUGUACAGGGAAAGUCCUGAACUUGUACUGGAUCUAAGGCACAAGUAAAGUGACAGGACUUAAAACACUGCUUAACUGUGCUCCAGAAAUCGGUAUGUAGGUAUUUAGUUAUCAUGCUGGAAACAAAGUAACAUAUUUUUCCUCCAGGGGACUGCAAAAGAUAACCAGAUAGCCCACACAUUAUCCACUUGCCUUUUAUCAGAGGUGGGGCCGAGGGCACCACAGAGAGAAAUCUCAUAAUAGCUAAACAUGGGUGAGUCAAUUAAGCUGAGCUAUAACCACAGAGUAAUUCUCACUGAAACUGAAAUUGCUGAGCGGACAAGAAAUUUGUAUGUCUCUCCACUAUAUGAGAUGCAUAUAGCACCAUUCCUCAACAAAAAAAGAAAAAGAAAUAGACAUUUUUUCCAAGAAAAUAAAUCACUGCAGUUGAGCUAGGCAAGAUUCACACUAUUUCCAAAGACAAUGGUAGAAGAGACUUAUUUUUGCAGACAAGGUUCAUGGUUGUAUGGGUUACUUAUUUUCUCAUUGUUUACUAAGUAAAUAGUACGAAUUGGCAUUUUGAAAGUCAUACGGUUUUUCUGAUAAGUAUCCCUGAUUUAGAAGCCUUGAUAUAAAAACCACAGAUCCCACCAGUUUCUACUUGCUGACACUGAGACUUCCUAGUGGUCGGCAAAAUGCCUUUUCAUUCUGUAUUUCUUGUUUUCUUAGCUGGCCUGGCAUUUUUCUCCGAAGCUGCACCACCGGACUCUGCUGACUUCAAGCAUCCUCUUUUUAUAAAAAUUCUGGAUUCAGUCCGAGGAAGUCCAGCUCCAAAUGUUGCAGUUAAGUUAUAUAAAGAAUCUGCAGAUGGAUCUUGGGAACUGUUAAAUUCAAAACAAACCAAUGACAACGGAGAGCUCCACGAACUCACAACUAAAGAACAGUUUGUAGCAGGGAUAUACAAGAUUGAGCUUGACACAGCCUCAUAUUGGAAGGGACUGGGCUUGAAUCCCUUCCAUCACCAUGCUGAUGUGGUGUUCACAGCUAAUGAUGCUGGUUACCGACAUUACUCCAUUGCUGUUCUCCUCAGUCCCUUUUCUUACUCAACCACAGCAGUAGUUAGUGAGCCAGUGGAAUAGAAGCUGACAUUAAGCAUGGAAAUUCAGAUGUGCAAAUUAAGAUUUCCAUAAAUGAUAAGAACUUAGUUUCUGACUGUAACAACAGCUUUAGAUUUCAUAGUAAAUCACUAACGGUAACAGUCAAGUUGUUUAUUCACUUUGUUAACUUUAGGAAGAAUGCGUAUUGACUUUGUUUUAAAAUACUCUUCUGAAUAAAAGUAUUCUGCAUUUCUGCA